ACAUAAAUCUCUUCAUAUUUAUAUAUAUAUACACACAUGUACAAAUGUAUGUAUGUAAGUAAUUUGCAGAACUAACCUUUUGACCUUUUGAUCAACAGUUAGGUUCUUUGCGAAGGGUGGGUAUUAUCCAAAAAUGGCCGAAAACAUUGGAACAUCAAAUGAUGGUGGUGGCGAUGGCUACGGCUUUAAAGAGCAGGACCAUUUACUCCCCAUAGCCAACGUUGGUCGAAUAAUGAAACAAAUCCUUCCCCCAAACGCCAAAAUCUCCAAAGAAGCUAAAGAAACCAUGCAAGAAUGUGUAUCGGAAUUCAUCAGCUUCGUCACCGGCGAAGCAUCGGAGAAAUGCAGGAAAGAGAGGCGAAAGACCGUUAAUGGAGACGAUAUUUGUUGGGCUUUGGCGACGCUAGGUUUCGACAACUAUGCGGUGCCGUUAAAACGGUACUUGUACAAGUUUAGGGAAUUUGAAGGGGACAAAGCAGCGAAUCAAGUGAAGGUUAGUAUUAGCAACAGCAAGGAUGAUGAUGAUGAUGAAGCUCAAAAACAACAACAACAAUCUCCAUUGAUGUUUCAGCAUGAUUGGAAGCCGUAAUGAUUCUAAUUUUGGGGUUUUUUUAAAUUGGUGUAUGACCAUGAUUUAUAACAUCAGAAGAUUGGAUUUGGGUUGUUUCUAAAGGUAGGGUUUGUCUCGAAUCCGACACAAAUUUUUUAUCACUUCACCUAUGAUUCAGUAGAAUAGAUCUGGGUUUGAUUUCGUCUAUUUUCAAAUGGCUUUUAUUUCAUGUUUUCACACUGCUAAACAAAUCAAUCUUAGCUUUGGGAAUAUUUAGAUUGA